CGCCGGCUGAUUACGUACCGGGCGGGGCCGGAAGUGCCGCUCCCUGGUGGGGGCUGUUCAUGGCGGUUCCGGGGUCUCCAACAUUUUUCCCGGUUGUAGUCCUGAAUCCGUUCGGAGUGGAGGCAACGGAGCUUGAGGUUCUUGCUGGUGUGAAAUGACCGAGUACAAACUGGUGGUGGUUGGAGCAGGUGGUGUUGGGAAAAGCGCACUGACAAUCCAGCUAAUCCAGAACCACUUUGUGGAUGAAUAUGAUCCUACCAUAGAGGAUUCUUACCGAAAGCAGGUGGUUAUAGAUGGCGAAACCUGUCUGCUGGACAUUCUGGAUACAGCUGGCCAAGAGGAGUACAGUGCCAUGCGAGACCAAUACAUGAGGACAGGCGAAGGCUUCCUCUGCGUUUUUGCCAUCAACAAUAGCAAAUCCUUUGCAGAUAUUAACCUCUACAGGGAACAGAUUAAGCGAGUGAAAGAUUCAGAUGAUGUACCUAUGGUGCUGGUAGGAAACAAGUGUGACUUGCCAACAAGGACGGUUGACACAAAACAAGCCCAUGAACUGGCCAAGAGUUACGGGAUUCCGUUCAUUGAAACCUCAGCCAAGACCAGACAGGGUGUUGAAGAUGCCUUUUACACACUGGUAAGAGAAAUACGCCAGUACCGAAUGAAAAAGCUCAACAGCAGUGAUGAUGGAACUCAAGGUUGUAUGGGGUUGCCCUGUGUGGUGAUGUAACAAGCUAUUACAAAGUUCGAUCAUCAGAAAGAGCCACUUUCAAGCUGCACUGAUCCCCUGGUCCUGACUUUCCUGGAGGAGAAGUAUUCCCGUCGCUGUCUUCAUUCUCACAGAGAAGCUCCUGCUACUUGCCCAGCUCGGAGUAGAUCAGCACAAUAGUCUCCGUCUGAGAAGUUCUCAGCCUGACUACCUCCUCACUUGGUUGUCUGACCAGAGAAAUGCACCUGUUGUUAAUCUGCAGUGGUUCCUCCCCUAGUCCACACAAACACACCUCUGCCACCCAAGGUUUUUCAUCUAAAAAAAAAUUUAUGCUCUGAAGCAGAACCAAACUGUAGACAUAAAAUUCUGUUGGAAACAGUGUUGAGCUCUAAAAUAGCAACUGCUGGUGAUUUUCCUUCUUUUCACUGUUAAACUUGGAACUAUGUUAUUAGAGAAUUCUCAUAAAUUACUGUUUGCCCAGAAUAUAGUUUAUGUUGCUAUUUGGUUUGUGAUAUUAUUGGCUAUAUACUAUUAACUGGCAUCUGCUCUGUAUUCAUAAAUAACAAAAAUGAAUACUAACUUUUGAGUCUAGCCCAAUCUUCUGACUUCCAUGAAAUUAAAUCCAACUUUCACAUCAAAGUGCCUUUUUUCCUAAAAGUCAUUUUUAGAAUUCCUUUACAGUGUUUCAGUGGAAUAGAUGGCUCAAAACACAUAAUUGUACAUGAAAAUUAAUGUCUAAGAUAUGUCUGUGAACUAUUUACUUACGAAAGAUAACCAUAUGAUAGCAGAUGCCACUUCUGAGGCCAUUUUCCAGGGCACUGUUUUUGGGUUCCCUCAUCUCCAAGAUGAACCUGGAAACAAUUACAAAUAAUUUCACUUAUUUUUUACCUAAUUGCUACUUUUUUGUAGGUUAUUGCCUACAAAAUGUGGUUUGUUUCUUCUAGUUUACUGAUAACCUAAUGUUGAAUGAACUUUCAUUUGUAUUCAAAUUUGGGUCAUGCCAGAAAGUCCUGUAUUCAUAGAUGUUCAAAUAUUGUAAAAGUGUGAUAUGGAAGUAGCUGUGAUGAAUGAUUUUUUAAACCUCAAAUAUAGUAUUUGAAUGACGCAUAUAAUUUUUCUCAGUUUUCUUCUUAACUCUCCCUCAGCCUCCUUUCUCCCCUGCAACAGGAAAUUGAAUAUUUCAGUUGAGUAAAGCAUGGUGCUGUUGACCAAGGUCAGUUUCAAAACUGGAAUGAGCCAUUUAAGCAUCACAAAGAGAAAUCCUUCCACACCUGCUCAUUGUACCAGAAACUCCUGCUAAGUAGCUUUGCCAGAUUCCUGAUGUUAUCUUGUAAGGAAACAAGAAAUAAGUUAGCCUGAGUCCUUUGCCAUGCCCAGAGAAAUGUGGUAGUCCAAGGCUGGUCAGUUUAGAAGUCUUUAUAAAUAAAGUGUUUAGACCCAAUGUUAGCCACAUGGAAAUUCUAGUCCAAUGUAUUUCCUCAUCUUGUUAAGACUGAGAAUGCCUCCAGUGGAUUUUUAAAAAAUUUGUUUCUGUACUCAUGAUGUUGUUUGACAUUAAAAUAGGAUUGAUGAUUUUAUCUGCUGAUCAUGAAAGCUGGUAAGAUUAUUCAGAGUAAAAAGUAGCUUUGGAUUGAAAGUGCUAUUUGAGAAAGGAAUGAAAAAUACAUUAAUUGUUGUGAGAAUCCUGAGGUAUGGCAUUUCUCUUAGCAGAUAAGAUGCUGGUAAUUCUAGUGAAAAACAGACUUGGAUGACUUUUGAUGAAAGACUAAUUCCAAAAUGGCCACUUUCAGAAACUGCUUCUCCCGUUCUUUGAGAGCAUUGCUCUGGGAUUUUCCUGACCAGAGAGAGGCUAAGUGUGUGACUGCUGGAUAACUCCUUCUAAAACAAAAUCUGUCAAAUUUAAUGUCAAAUUACUGACAAAGAUGGUUACCCAUUCAGGCCCUUGUAUGUAUGUACCUUUUACAGCUUUCUCAACUAUGUUCUAAGCACAGAAGUCUCAAAAAGGAGCCAAAAUUCAGAGACUGAAGAUGUUCUUCCAGUAGCUUCCUAAGAAGUUAUACCUAUGUGUGAAUUUUGGCACAAUAGAGUGACAGAGUUAAAAGCUAAAUAAUUAGUGUGAAAUAAAAUGUGGUCUUUAGAUGAUGUUUGUGAUUGCUGAAAAGAAUUCUAAUUUACCUCAAAAAUCUCACUCACUUCCCCCAAGUUAAGUGCCUCACCAGCUACCCUAAAUUACAUAUUCCUCUAUGGUGUUUGUCUUUUUCUUAAAGGUUACACCUUUAGAAGUGUGAAAAGAGGAUAUUCUAUCUGAAGGCUGCCGUGCCUGAUCUGUAAAUGAAUCCGUUAAAUGCUGUCUUUGCUCCAGCGGCUUACUAUAGAGUUUUAACUUGGUAACACAAAAUCAGACUUACUACAAUUUUCGCUUUAGGGUUAUAACAAAUAAAAUUAAUCAGUUUUAUUUUAGUGGAUGCCACAUUUAGUAUUUCAUCGUCCUUUAAACUGCUGUGAAUUUUUUUUUUUUGUCAUGACUUGAAAGCCAAGAUAGACCAAAACUUUCAAGAGAGAUUAAUUUUUCCCAUUCCAGAAUUUGUGAACAUUAGCAGUUUGCUUCAUAUUUACGGUCAUGAACUCUUAAGCUGGCAGCUACAUCCAAGAACCAAAACAUGGUGCAUCUGCUUCUUAUAAUUCAUCUCUGCUACUAAGUUAUAAGAAGCAGUAAUAAUUAAUUAGGGAAAACACAGAAAAGGGGACUGUAACGGUUGUACAUUAUUUUUCAUCUAUGCUAUUUCUUUAAACAGUUUAAUGUGCCACACAAAUUUUUUAAGGUGUUUUCUAUAAGAAUUGUUAAAAUGUUCUGAUUAUCAAAGUAGUUAUAGCUGUAUUUCAAAAUGUAAUUGAUUUGAAAAGCUCAAGUACUGACCUAAAGCGCAUGUGUGAACCCUACUCUGAAGAGAAGGGAUGGAUGUCAGUGGAAGUUGAAUGGAAUUUGUAUUUGUCAUCAUAUAUGGGUAAAUGGGUAAAAGCAUCAAUUGUGUAAUUCUGCUGUUUAAAAUGGGAACUGUUGGCCUCCUUGGCCCUAAAUGAAAGGGUUAUUUUAGGCUGGUUAUUUUAUUGUAAAUUAAGCUAUCCUAAUUUUCUUAAGUUUGAUUGAAUGUUUUUCUUGUUAAAUAGUGCUUAAAAAAAUAAAAACUGGAAGUUC